UUAUAAAAAUGAGCGGGAAGGAGGGACCUCAGCCUCCCCCACUACAGCUCUCCUCGGGGGUUUGUGUGAGUAUCAGUUCUGCUCCUAUUGAACUAAAAAGUGGCCAAGUGCUGCCAUCGCAGAUUAGGAUCCCAAAUGUUGGUGGAACUUCCAUACAAAGAGUUCCAAUUGGUUCCAUUGGUUCCUCGUCAGUUCAGCAACGCAGCAUUUCACAUCCUCCAUUGGUAACUGUAGUCCCUGCACCAGGACGAGUUCUCGGAUCUGUUUCUAAACCAAGUCUCUCAUCUGUAUCCAAUAUAACCAUGCUCCCGAGUUCAGGACGAGUCACUUCUUUAUCCCAAGUUCGACCAGGGACCAGACCCGUCCUAUCUGCUCCCCAACCUUCCAGGACCACUACACCCCAACCAAGGUCUGCUAUUGCGACUCCUAUUAUCCGUGGAAAUUCGAUGACUUCAAUGGUGACACUUUCCGGUGUCCAGGGACAUAGUAUCCGACCCAACCCAUCUUCAGUUGGAAGGAUUAGCAGUACAACCGCUGCCGGUCAAUUCAAUACCCUGACAACCCAGGCUAUUACAGUUGGGGGAGGAAGGUCGACGAGGCCAGCCACUGUACUUCCUAUCGGAGCUCGACCAGUUUCUAUGACACCACUUUCUUUCAGGCCUGGGCAGCCUGGAGCUCGUCCCUCAGGAGAUACAAGGGUAUCCCUAGCUCAGACUAAACCCCUAGCUAGCCCUAGUUUAGGGGCUAAACCCUUAGCUGGUUCUAGUUUAGGGGCUAAAUCCCUAGCCAGUUCUAGCUCAGGGGCUAAAUCAAUCAAUAUUCCGUCUCAUAUAGGGGUUGGUAUCUCACCGCAGGUUGGUGUGGCAAGUCAGGUUGCCUUGAAGCCCGCAAUGUCCCCCAGGGGUGCCCAGGUUGGGGCUGUGGCUAGGGGUGGAGGCAGGAUGGUCAGCCCUACUCCCCUCGUUUCUCUAACCCCCAGUACACAUAUACAGGUCCCUAUGGUCCCUACUGGUCCUAAACCUCGUGUUCAAAGGAUGGUUGCUCCUGGUUCCUAUCACGGAGUUGGGUUGGUUUCCACCGCUUCAUCAGUUCAAGGUGUUGGCUCCGGGCUCAUGGUACCCAAUACAGUAGGACUAGCUGCUCCCAGCUCACUUGCUUCUCUUCAGAUCUCAGCUCCACGAACAGUUACCCUACCAUAUACAGGACAGCAAGUUAAAGGGGGAGCCACUGUUGCUCCAGGUAUACCAGUUGCUCGUGUAACUCCACAACCAAGUCAAAACAGGGAUGGAGGAGUAGGAGGGGGAGGUAGUGGUGGUGGUGGGGGUAAUCCUAGUUUUGUUUUCCUCCCUGUAUCCCGGACAGAACAGACAGCUAGAGCAGAACCACAUCUGGCCCAACCCAUGCCGGUCAAUCUCACUGUUACAGAAAGAGCAAUCAGGGCCCCUGCUAUGACUAUGCCAAGUUUUACACCAACCAUCCUGUAUGAAUCUGGUAGAACUGAGAACUCUGUUACAAUAACAACUCUGCCAGCUCCAGGAGCUCAAGCUCAGGCUCAGGCUCAGGCUCAGGCUCAAGCUCAAGCUCAAGCUCAAGCUCAAGCUCAGGCUCAGGCUCAGGCUCAGGCUCAAGCUCAAGCUCAAGCUCAAGCUCAAGCUCAAGCUCAAGCUCACGCUCAGGCUCAAGAUAUGGGCGGAAGCAUUCUUCAACAAACAGGAGGAGCGACCAUAACACCUGUAAGAAUAACCCCGAUCCUACCAACACAAGAACAAGAAAAACCGGUGCCAGGAUCCCCUCGACCUUCUAUACUGAGGAAACGGGAUGGAGAAGGAACUCCUAUUAAGAUGAACCCCCCUGGAUCUCCACCUAACCGACCUGACUCGUCUAGUGGGUCCAGCACAGUUUCAGUUCCUAGCUCAGCAGCACUCUCAGGAGAUGAACAGACUGCUCCACCAACUGUACAAACUGCGCCUCUCCAACCCGAACCUUCUCCAAGAAAGAAACCUAGAAAACAGCAGUUGCCUCCUUCUAACCCGGUCAACGUGAGCCCUGAGUGGGUGGCGGUCAAACGAGAGCUAGGAGCUCGAGAUAGGUUGGAAUGGGAGGGCGGGCGUGUUCUGAGCAGUGGUGAACCUGGGUGGGAGGGGCGUGUCAGCAACUGGAACAGUGGGACAGGGCGUGGUUGGACUGGUGAGGGACGAGGGUGGGGCCCGGGGGUGUGGCAGGAUAUAAAGGAAACUGACCAGGCAGAUGAUGAGGAGGAGUUAACAAGUGAUGAGGAGAGGGAGAAGGGGUCGAAUUUCCUGAAGGGAAAGCCGAUGAUGACCUUGAGAGAUAAUAAACCCUGGAAAUCUCGACACAAUCAUUUUCUCAGAUUUUCAGAUGUUAAACCAAAGGAUGAGCGAAGACCGACUGUGAACGAACUCGCCAACCAGAAAUACGUUUACCAGAAAAUCAACGGGUGGAAGAUUUUCCAUUUAUCAGCUGGUAUGGAGGAUAUUAUUGAUAUGGAGUCAGAGUUAUCAAAGAAAUUUCAACAGAUUGGAAAGCGAUUAGAAGAAUCAGCAAGUAAGUUUUUAAAAACUAGGUGGAGAAUACAGAGUAUGUCCACCUAA